AUGAAGUUGCCUACAUUCUUGGUACGUUCUACGGACCAACUCGGCACAAUAAUUCUGAUAUUUUCGAAAGGUCAUAGUGAAUCCAAACUAAUCUUGGUUGACCACGAGUAUCUACAUCUCAUUGAAGGCACGAACAUACCUUACAUUGUAUCGAAAGAUACAGGAAGACGCGGCGAUCCGUACGAGGAAUUCUUGAGCGAAGGUAGGCGAUACAGUGCGGAGAAAGGGUGGGCUGGGUUGAGCGUCGAAGCCGACGAAGACGCUGGUGCUGUCCUUUGCUAUACGUCUGGCACCACAGGCCGACCCAAAGGCGUUCUCACUACGUUACGAGGAAGCUAUCUUGCCGCCAUUGGGAACGCGUUCGAAGCACGAAUAACGUCUGCGUCGACAUAUCUGUGGAUUCUUCCUAUGUUCCAUGCUGCGGGGUGGACGUUCCCGUGGUCGACAACAUUUGCCUUCGCGUCUCAGAUCACUAUGCGUACAGUUGACUACCCCAAGAUAUGGAAUCACUUUCUUAAUUCGGGUGUAACACAUUACUGUGGAGCACCUACAGUUCAAAUUGGUAUUGUGAACGAUCCAUCGGCCAGGCGUCCGCCCCUGAAAAUUACGGCGGUCAUAGCUGGCGCUGCACCAACCGCACACCUUAUCGGGUCGCUAGAGAAAAUCGGGAUAAAACCUAUUCACGUGUAUGGACUGACCGAGGUAACGUAUGGACCGUUUACGCGAAACCAUGAUCAAGCCCAUUUGGCCAAUGCUUCUAUCGAGGAACGGUCCAAGUAUAUGGCCAGGCAGGGACACGCGUAUAUUUCAGCAGACCUCGUGCGUGUUGUACAUCGACCAGAGGAAGGUGAAGAGCGGAGUGAAAAACUCGUUGAUGUACCACGGGAUGGAAAAACCAUGGGAGAAAUUGUGACUCGUGGGAACCUCGUGAUGAAGGAGUAUUUCAAAGACCCCGAGGCUACCAAAAACGCGUUUAGAAGAGGGUACUUUAGCACGGGUGAUCUGGCGGUAAUGCACCCCGAUGGAUCUGUAGCUGUACUUGAUCGAAGCAAAGACAUCAUCAUCUCUGGAGGCGAAAAUGCUUCGAGUCUUGCAAUCGAGCAAGAAUUAGCUUCACAUCCCGAUGUACUGGAAGUUUCUGUGAUCGCACGUCUACAUCCGAAAUGGGGUGAACGCCCGAUGGCUUUUGUGAUCUUGCAUCCUCAAUAUGGAAAGAGAUGGGCCGGACGUGAAAAGGAAUUCGAGAAAGAUUUGAUAAAGCACGCAAGGGGGAGGCUUCCUGGGUUUGCGUGCCCGGAAUGGGUCAAGGUCGUACCCGAACUACCUAAAACCUCGACAGGAAAGAUACUGAAGACGGAACUGCGGAAAGCAGUGGCGAAGUUAUAG